GGUUUCGAAGCUUCCAGCCGCGCGAACCCAGGGCCUUCCACUUUCCCACGAACAACCCACAGAUGACGACCUCCAACGGUGAUAACACCCCCGCACCUGCCCCUAACGGGGGCGAAUUAGCCCAGCAAAUGAACGAGGAGACGAAAAAGAAGUACACUAAAGAUCGCAAGGUCGGGGAAGGAACCUAUGCCGUGGUCCACCUCGGCCAUGUCAAAUCCACUGCCCUCCCCGUCGCAAUCAAGAAGAUCAAACUCUCCGCGAUGGUGGACGGGAUCUCGAUGGAUGCGAUCCGUGAAGUCAAGUUCCUGCAGGAGCUGCGGCAUGAGAACAUCAUCCGACUGAUCGACGUCUUCUCCAGCAAGAACCAGAACUUGAACCUUGUGCUUGAGUUCCUGGAUUCGGAUCUCGAGAUGAUCAUCAAGGAUACCAAGAUUGGGUUUGGCGGCGCGGAUAUCAAGAGUUGGCUUGCGAUGAGCCUGAGGGGGCUUUGGUGGUGCCAUAAAAAUUUUGUUUUGCAUAGGGAUAUCAAACCAAACAAUCUCCUCCUAGCAACAAAUGGUCAACUAAAACUUGCGGAUUUUGGCCUCGCCCGCAGCUUCUCGGACCCGUACCGCGCCAUGACCAGCACAGUGAUAACCCGCUGGUACCGUCCUCCAGAGCUCCUCUUCGGCGCCAAGUCCUACUCCUCAUCAGUGGACAUAUUCUCCCUCGGCCUCGUCUUUGCGGAACUCCUCCUCCGCGUGCCCUUCCUCCCCGGUGACUCGGACGUGCACCAGUUGAGACUAAUCGCCACGGCACUCGGAACGCCCACGGAGCAGAACUGGCCGGGCGUGACGAAGCUACCGGAUUACGUUAUCCCGAACACCGAAGAUAUAAGACCCGAGCAAGGGAGUCUCUUCUACGGUGAAACUUUCAGGACGCUAACGCCGGAGGGCCUGACGUUGCUCAUGUCCAUGCUUAGAUUGGAUCCCCGAAAGCGCUGGUCUGCGAAGCAGUGCUUGGAGAGCGAGUGGUUUAAGGAGGAGCCCACGCCUACGAAGCCGGAGUUGCUACCCAGGAAGGGUGGUGGGAAGGGGAUUGAGAAGGUCGGUGGCGAUCUCAAGAGAAGGGCGGGCUGGGAUGAGGGUACCGACGUUGCGGAGCUUGAGGGGCAUAGAGGUAGGAAAGUUGCCAGGAAGUUGGAUUUUGGCGGGAAAUAAAGUCACUUUUUUAUUUUUAUAAUUUAGAAAAGGGUCCUUUUUGUAUACUUAAUUUGCGGCGUUAGGAAAAAUGGGGCGUUCUGUUUUUUGUUUUGUUAUUAUAUUUCUCAUGAAGGGGGUUCUCUACAUUGAAUGAUUAUUUGUGGGGGUUAUGAGACUAUCGUGAUUCGUGAUGGACUGUUUAUAGGACUUUGAUGUUAGUGAUACCGGCUGUUGGGUUCCAAUUAGGUUAUGCAUUCUCCGUUG